AUGGAAUUUUCAGGUGGAGCCUCAAGUGAGCCUGGCUCUGAGGAAGAAAAAGAGGUUGUUCUGCAGCAAAGCUCGGAAUCUUGUGCUGAAGAUGCUCCUGCCAUGGUUGAAGGAGAUGCCAUUGCUGGAAGUGAAGCAGCUCAAGCUGAUGGGAUGCUGGAACAUAAUGGAACUAAAACGGAAGAUCCGGUGGAAAUAUUUGGUCAACAUUCCAGUGUUCCAGUUGCAAAAAAUGGAGGAGUUGGAAUUGAACUUAAUAAUGAAGUCAAUUGCUCUUCUAAACCGAAAUCAGAAGUUCACAAAGAAACAAUAGUUUCAAAUGCUAACAUUACAGAACCAGAAAAGCCAUUGAACUUUAACGACUUCAAUUCUUCAGAAGAGAUGGAGGUUCUUGAAUUGGAGCGGUUGAAAUCUGAACUGCAGGAACGCGGGCUUAAAUGUGGUGGUACAUUGCAAGAGCGAGCUGCCCGUCUUUUCUUGCUAAAGUCUAAGCUUCCAAAGAAGUUGCUUGCAAAGAAAUGA